UUUUAAAAAAAUAAAAAUAUCAAAAUCAUCCACAUAAAUGCAAAGAAAAAGACGGGUCACGUCCAGUUUCAAUCAUAAACUGAUAUCCUGGAUUGCUCCGUACCCGUUACCCGACCCCCUUUUUCUUUCUCAUCCCCACUUUAUCCUUUACGUUCCUUUCACACUACCCCUUUAUCCUUCUCUCUCCUCCUUCCUCUCUUUCCCCUUUCUCUCUCCUCAACAAAUUCCUCCAUUUUCACUACCUUCAUUUCAUCUUUCCUACUAUAAAUGUCACUCCCUUUUCAACGGCUACAUUUUCCUGCAUUUCAAACCUUAUAAUUCAACAAUGGAGAAUAACACCAGUUACCCAUUUGGGGAAGAGUUUCAGAAGCUGAUUAUUGCGCCGGAAAAUGGGAAUUCCUUUACUGCCCUUCUUGGGUUACCCCCUAAUCAAGCUAUGGAGCUUCUCACCGACGAUUCUUCUGCCGAUGCCGGCGGCGGAGGUGGUGGUGGGGUUGGAGGGGAUGUGGUGAAACGACAUCGUAUUAGUGCGUUUAGUCAUUCUCUCUCUUCUUUACCUGCUUUGCCGUCGAAUCGAGCUCUCAUUGAGCGAGCUGCGAAGUAUUCUGUGUUUGCGAAUGAGGAUUCUUCUUCGCCGGAGUUGAAGGUGAAAACUGAGCCGUUGGAUGAUGCUGGGUCAAACCCUAAUUCGGGUUCUGAUCCGACGGCUGGGAGUGAGAGUGACAAGGAGAAGCCAUUAAAGCGAAAGGAGAGAGAAAAGAAGGGUAAGGGAUCGAGUAAGAAGAACAAAACGACGUCGGAAGAUGAUGAGAAGCUUCCGUAUGUUCAUGUUCGAGCACGGCGAGGUCAAGCUACUGAUAGCCAUAGUUUAGCUGAACGAGCUAGGAGAGAGAAAAUCAAUGCUCGGAUGAAGUUGUUGCAGGAAUUGGUCCCAGGGUGCAACAAGAUUUCGGGUACUGCAUUGGUGUUGGAUGAGAUAAUCAAUCAUGUGCAGUACUUGCAACGCCAAGUAGAGUAUCUGUCAAUGAGGCUUGCAGCAGUUAAUCCAAGAAUAGAUUUCAAUCUUGACAGCCUAAUUUCAGGAACUGAAUCUGUGAUGGACUGCAAUUUACCGAACAUGACCAUGCCACUAAUGUGGCCAGAAAUUCAUGUCAAUGGAGACAGACAACAAUUUCAACAGCAAUGGCACCACCUUGAGGCUCUAAGUCAGCCAGUUUGGGUCAAGGAAGAAAAUCACCCUAAUUUAGUUGCAUCUGAGAACUCACUCAUGACCUAUGACUCAACUGCAAAUUCAGCAUCUUUGCACUCAAGCCAGCUGAAAAUGGAAAUGUGAAGGCAAUAACAAAGCAUGUGUUUGUAGCCAAUCUGUGUAUAUAUAGCAGAAAAUAUGAUUAUAUAUUAGAAGUUUAGCUGGGAAGUAGAAGAGAGUUUAGGCAUCAAAAAUUCAGGUUGGGGUUUCCAUGUCUUCAUCGUUAUUCAAGAAUGGACUGGAAACCCUUGGAGUAGAUCUAUUUCACCAGUUUUUCUACCGAUUUCACCAUAGUCUACAUAUAUUUAUAUACAACAUGAUGAACGAUUCAGUCCUAAGUCUCAUGCGAGAUGGCUGAUUGAUUCUGCUGUCAAAGGGGCAUCUAAAUGCAUUCAGUUGUCUGAAAGAUGAACCUGGUUUGCUUCAGAUAAAUGGAGUUGAUCAUCUGAAUCUAAACUGGGUUGGUUCAGAUGAAUGCAUCUUGUGAAUAAAGUCAGUUGUAAUGCAUCAACCUUUUUUGCAAAAUUUGUGUAAUCGUGAACAGGAAUGAAAAACAAGGUGAAGAUACAGAGUAUCAAUUUAUUGUGUUUAGUUCAUUA